UUGAAAGUUCUACCUACCCCUAUUUUUAUCCUACUCUAUACUCUAUACUCUAUAAUAAAAUACUAUACUAUACUCUAUAAAGUAACCUAACAACCUAUUUUUCUUUCUCUUUUUCAAUUAACAAUAAUAAAAUACUGUACUCUAUAAAGUAAACAAUCAGCUACAGUAUAGGUCAAUCACUUUUCUUAAUUCUCGUGCCCAUGCAAAUAUAGCAACAAUAUCAGAACAGAGGAAGUAAGAAUUAAGAAGUAUACAUUAGUCACUGAAGAGUAGGAAGUUUGAGUUAACAUAAGAUAGAGAGUGAUGAUUAUUGUCUGUGAAUUUAUAAUUGUUAUUUAUAUAUUUCUAGUGUAUGCUUUGACAUCUACUUGUAUAAUAUAGAUGCCUAUGACGUGUUAUGAGUAUUAUGCUUUUAUUUAUAGGUUUUUCUUUAGUUGAAAAUUUCAUAUGUCAUUAUACUAUUUUUUAUCAUUAUUGAUAAAUAUAUGAUAUGUUAUUAUCCAAUCAAACUAUAAUUAUAACUUCUAUAUAAUAAUAAUAAUAAUAAUAAUAAUAAUAAUAAUAAUAAUUUGUCCCUCUUGAUCUAUCGGGUAAUAUUCAAGCUUCUAAAAUCAAGUUUGACCAUUUUAUAAGAACGUGGAACCAAGAAAUGGCAUCAAUAGACUUUGUGCCCUCCACGUCGAGUAAUCAACCAAUUAUUUCAAACAAAAGCAUUCCGAAUGCAAAUAAAAUAACAUGUGGAAAUGAGAAAAAACAAUAUUUAGAAGAAUCCAUUACUAAAAUUAGAAUCCAAACUAUGCAACUACCUCCACCAAUUUUAAUUCAUCCUUCCACACCGAUUUUAGGAGCAGAUAUCGGAGACAUAGGAAAUGGGUAUCGUUCAUUCCUCUGGUCCAAUCCCAGAAACUAUGAGAAAAGGAGAGAGAAGGGAAAAACUAAAAGAAAAGGAAAACAAGAGGGAAAUUGUACUAGUAAUUCUUAAGAAAAAAAAAAACCUACAAAAAUAGUCAUUGGCUCAAUUUUUGACAUUUUUUCACCAAUCUUGCACCAAAAUAUUCAAACCCCAUUUCUAAAAAUCAAAAUUUGUCUCAUAGUUGUGAUUUUUACUCAAAAUUGUGAUCAUUUAGUUAUUGGGAAUUUCAGAGAUUGAAUCUUUGAGACAAUGUGUAAUGAUUUGUAUUAUAAAGAGUUUUGCUUCUUCUUUUGAUUUCAUGGGCAAUCAAGUAAAUGGAAAAUGGUAAUUAAAUUAUGGAGAAGGAUAAAGGGAUUAAAAGGAAAGAGUUGAGAUUAGAUAGGAAUAGGAGGGAGAUAGAAUGAACAAGGAUUUUAGUGGCAUUUUCAAGUUUAAGGUAAGGAAAUCAAGCACAAAAAACAGGACAAAAUCUAACAUCAUUUUUGCAUCAAUGUCUGUUGCCCACGUGGACGAUGAGGAUUUUCAGGGGGCUGGACCCGGGCCCGGAGAGUUAUAUCAUUCAGAGAAAGUUUUCAACAAUGGAGAUUUCUAUUUUGGCCAAUGGGUUGAUAACCUUCCUCAUGGUCAUGGUAAGUUUGUAUGGAAUGAUGGUUGUAUUUAUGUGGGUGAAUGGAAAAAGGGUAAAACAAUGGGUAAGGGUAGAUUUACUUGGCCUACAGGAUCAAAUUAUGAAGGGGAAUUCAAAAGAGGGUAUAUGGAUGGUAAAGGAACUUUUAGUACUUCAAAUGGGGAUACUUAUAGAGGGUAUUGGUGUAUGAACUUAAAACAUGGGAAAGGGAAUGAAACCUACCCAAAUGGGGAUUAUUAUCAAGGGGAUUGGAUUAAGGGUAUGCAAGAAGGGGAUGGGAAAUACAAAUGGGCUAAUGGGAAUUGUUAUAUAGGUCAAUGGAAAGAUGGAAUGUUUCAUGGUAUUGGGUGUUUAACUUUUAGUAAUGGGAAUAAAUUUGAAGGGAAUUGGGAUGAAGGGUACCCUAAAGGGGAAGGUACAUAUAAAUGGGCAGAUGGAAGUUGUUAUGUGGGUGUUUGGGAUAUUGAAACUAAUAUCCAAAAUGUGACCUUUUAUGCUGCAACAGGAACAUCUUUUGAUUCAGGGGAUACUGGUGAUUGGGAUCCUUCUGAGUUAUAUAAUGUUGAUUUGAGUGAUUGUAAGAUUCAUACAUUGGAGGAAAUCACCAUUUUUCCCUCGCAAAAGAUACAGAACUUGCCUAGUUUUAAUGGUAAGGUGACAAUAAGGAAGUCGACCGAUAGUAGGGGCUCAAAUGCAGGAAAUAAGGGAGGAGUCAUUUGGGAUUCUGAUACAGAUGGUUCUACUAACGGGAAUUCCAUGUCUCGAAAAUUUCAACCGAUUCUACUCCCGAAGAAGAUCAAGAGGCAAGGAGAGACUAUCUGUAAGGGACAUAAAAAUUAUGAGUUGAUGCUUAACUUGCAGCUAGGAAUAAGACAUUCAGUGGGAAGACCAGGUCCACCAGUAAAGCCUAACUUGAAAUCCUCUGCAUUUGAUCCUAAGGAAAAAGUAUGGACAAAAUUCCCACCUGAAGGAUCAAAGCACACUCCUCCUCACCCAUCUUGUGACUUUAAAUGGAAGGAUUACUGUCCUUUGGUUUUCAGGACUUUGAGGACACUGUUCAAAGUCGAUGCAGCGGAUUAUAUGUUAUCUAUUUGUGGAAACGACGCCCUUCGGGAGCUGUCAUCCCCAGGGAAAAGUGGAAGCUUCUUUUACUUAACCCACGACGACAAGUAUAUGAUUAAGACGAUGAAGAAAUCUGAAGUUAAGGUACUCCUUAGGAUGCUUCCAGCAUAUUAUAACCAUGUUCGCACCUUUGAAGACACUUUGGUUACCAGAUUCUAUGGUCUUCAUUGUGUGAAGUUAACAGGAGCAGCACAGAAGAAAGUGCGAUUUGUCAUAAUGGGCAAUCUUUUUUGUACCGAGUAUGCAAUUCACCGGAGGUUUGAUUUGAAAGGCUCGUCUCAUGGACGUACAACUGAUAAACCUGAGUCAGAAGUCGACCCAACGACUACCCUUAAAGAUCUAGAUCUCAAUUACAUAUUCCGACUACAGAGAUUUUGGUUCCAGGAGUUUUGCAGGCAAGUCGAUAGGGACUGCGACUUCCUCGAACAAGAGAGGAUUAUGGACUAUAGUCUUUUGGUUGGUUUACACUUCCGAGAAUCCAUGGGAGGAACCGAAGAAGGAAAUGGAGAUAGUAAUAAUGAUGUGAUAGCCCCCCGCCUUUCUAAAGUAAACGAGACAGACAGACUUGUUUUUGACCCGAAUCAGUGGGCAUCAAUUAGAUUAGGAAUCAACAUGCUUGCACGAGCAGAACUAACAGUAAGAAGAUCAGAUGCUAGCGAGUGUCACAUAGGAGAAGCAACAGGAGAGUGCUACGAUGUUAUAAUCUUCUUCGGAAUAAUUGACAUCCUACAAGACUAUGAUAUCAGCAAAAAGCUUGAGCACGCAUACAAAUCUUUCCAAUACGAUGCAACUUCCAUAUCUGCUGUCGAUCCUAAGCAGUACUCCAAACGUUUUCGCGAUUUCAUUUACAAGGUAUUUGCAGAAGAUGGGUAAUUAAGGGAAGAAAACACUCUUUUCUCAGAAAGAAAACUUCAGCUUACAGCCAGAGAAUUUUCAUAGCAUGAAAUUAGCUUGUUAGGCAUGCAAUUCUGGCUGUAGGAGGAAGCAGCAUGGGCAAUGACAUCACAUAUCUUCCUUUAAUUUAUAAGGAUUGAUUCUUGGGACAUAUUUUAGUGAUUCAAAGGGUAUAAAUUAACAUGAAAAUGGAAGUUGAAGUAUUAGAGGUUUUCAUACUGUAAAUUAUAACUCCUAGUUUAACUCAGCAUAUAAAGUUGGAAUAGCUAGGUAGAUUCUUGAUGUACCUCAAAAGAGUUUUUUUUUUUGAUUUUUUUGAUUUUUUUAUUGGGUCUUAGAAAAGUGGAAGUGGGACUCAAGUAAUAGUGGAAAUUGUACAAAAAGCAAUGAGGUCAACUUUUUGGUGGUUAGCUUGGUAUGUUAAGUUUAAACAAAUAAUGGGUACUUUCUAAAAUUGAAUUUACAAAAUGAUUGUGAUAUCUAAUAGCUAUUCAUU